GUACUCGUUUGUACUGAGCUUCAAAUUUUCGCUACUUUCUCAUUUUUUUUUAAAUAAAUAAGCAAAAUCCAACAUAAGCAGCGACCACAGGCGGAAGACAUACAGUACACAGCGCCGCGCACGGCGUCCUGAGGUACUAGUUCAGGUUUUUGCAAAGUAUAUAGCGUUAAAGCCAAGGCACACGCCAAUGUUAGUACUGACUCCGGCGGGGGGAGGCGCCUCGGUCAAUUUUGGCAGUUGACGGCAACAAAAAAACUCGUAUACUGAUAGCCAAGAGGUGAUUGCUUUUCGGCAAAUGAACUAAUUAAGUUGUUUGUACUCGGUUUGUACCCGUUUGUAGUAUGCGUAAAAUGUUUCAUUAGUUUCUAGUGGCUCGCCAAAAGUUAUGUUUAGUAAAGGCUCUCAUGACUUUUAAAAUUGAAAUAAUUCGAAAAUGUCGUUUUCAUGAACAGUGUGUUGACAGUAACCUAAAAAAGUAAUGUUUAAACUGAUCUAACCGCAAUGACAGGAUGACAAAUAUCAAUACAAUUACGAGUCUCCAUGUACAAAAAUUAGCCCAUAAAAUCGAGGAGAUUCGCUGCCGAGCCCUCGAGAGUAUAAUAGCAAAGUUGGAGCACGGAUUCACCUGCAAUUGCGAUGGAGUCAAAAGAGAGCUCGUUUCAAAACUCUUCAAUUGGUUCUCCUUUGAGACAGUUCCUCAUCCUGGAAAAGUUCUCGAUCUGAUUUAUUAUUUACUAUCGCAAUACAAGGUCACUCCCUUCGAGGAUCCCCGCACGAGGACCGACCUACACCAGCUGAGAGCUCGCUUGUCCCCCGAAUGGCACCAGAAGCUCGACCAAAUCGAGGAAUGUCUUGCCCACCUGCCUCCUUCGGGGGAAUCGCCCUCUCCACCUCCGCAGUGUCCGUCAUCGCCCGAGCCCACAACUAUCACAAACGGAACAAUUUCCUCCCCUGUGAACACUCCAGUCUCAAAAAAACUCGAAAACUCGAUUCGCUGGCUGGUGAUGCCCUGGCAGCCGCUGGUGUCCUCCGACAGAGGUGUCCUCUCGGCAGUGGAAGAAGCCCUCACCAACAAGACAGACUCCAGCCUCAUAAUCCACACCUGCCAGCUGAUCACCAAUGUAAUGCUCCAAGAUUUCCCCGCGGAGGUUUUCCUCCAGCGGCCCUCCAUCAUCUCGAUGUUUCAGAACUUUUUGAAGACCUCCGAGGAUUCCGAGGUCAUCAGAACCAUACUAAAGGCCAUUCACAAGCUGACAAGAUCCCUCCGCUUCAGGAUCUACUAUUACUGUGACCCGUGCGUUGCCAACAAACGCCAGAGAGUUCUGAAGGACCAGUCAGCAUCGUCCUCAGGGAACUCCAGCCAGGAAGACCUUGAAAUCGACGAGUCUGUCCUUCAACUCCAGCAGAUGCUGAUUCCAAACUAUUGCAUUGAAAUCCUUACAAAUACUCUGAGAUUACUGAAUCAUCAGUUGCAGGGGCGACCCUUGGAGACCAUAAAAUCGGUGGUGGGUGUGUCCUCUGAACUCGUGGACCUCCUGAAAAUGAGUUUGAUGCCGUCGGUAUGGCUCUGCUCAGACAGCCUCUCCUUGAAGAUUCAUGAGGAUCUGAAGACUCUGAUGAAACUCCUUGGGGAUGUCCUGGAGUUCCUCAGGAGCUAUAGCACCAUCGACUCCUGGAGAAUUACGUAUUUGCAGCUCCUCUCGAUCACCAUCAAGUUACUGUCAUCAUUGGUCCCCCUGGAGGUAUCAGAUUACGUCCUUCCCGGAGCAUUGAAGAUGUCUCUAGCUGUUGCUCUCAUGGACGCCCCAAUAUACCUCAUUCACUCAGGAUUACACUCAACCCUUCAGGAAUACGCGAAACAUUUCCGAGGGAAUGACGAGAUGGAGUGCUUCAGGAUGUUUGAAGAGACCAGGCUCAUUGCAAAAUCUUUCAAAGCUGCUGUUUCUCUCUUAAGGUCUUCUGGGGAUGAAGACAUCGUCAAGAAGAUGUACCUCUCUAAGGCGUCGUUGGAAUAUCACAAGGACUAUUCAAUUAUCAAGACAUAUUUUUCAAUUCUCCAGACAUUUAAUAACUUUAAUCCACCGGACAAGUCAUUGUCUUCAAGGCUGUUGUUGACCUUGAUGGCUCAUAGAAACGAAGAGAUCAGAUUGAAGACAUAUGGAGAGUGCAGUUCUUUGGUCUCCGCGGCUUUAGGAGUUGAGAGAACCAGGGGAAGGUUUCCCUGGACAUGUAUUUCCUUCCUCUUUGAUAAGAGCAUUCUGACGGAGAUUAUCUGUCACGGAAUGAAUGAUAACGAACGAAUUAAGACUUUGGCUGAAGAUAUUUUAAUAUUUCUGGUCAAGGGCAAGUUUCAAAUGGGGGCGACUGGGUGGGGUUCUUUCCUGGAGGCACUUUAUCCAGUGUUUCCUCUCCUUCAAGCCUUGGCAGAGACUGCCUCUCCUCUGGGCCAGUGCAUUGGCAAGAUGCUGGACCCCGACAUGUACAAAGAAAUCGGUUUAACGUACCUCGAAGUGCUGAAGGGAAAUAUACGAUUGUUGUUCGCUGCGGAUGGAUCCAUUCGUGAGGAGAGUAUCUUCAGGUUGAUUUACCUUUUGGGUAUGGAACAAGAUUCGUCAUCGAAACGACCUAGACUGUCAUCCCUUCAUGGAUUACCACUGAGUUCUCUUCUAAUUCUGGAACGACAAUGUACGUUCAAGAAGCCUCAGGGCACUUACGAGCGCAGCAAUUUGUCAUCAGUCCUAGAGAUGUUAAAAAUGCCAAAUGUAGAGCCUAAGGUGAGGAAGUCUGCUCUCAUACAGGUGUCCGUCAUGCUGACCGACACAUCCCUUCAUAAAAUUUUUAUAAAGGAGAAGGGUCUUGAGACAAUUCUCGAGAUCUUUGAAAGGUCUUUACUAGAAAACGACUUCGAGAACUACCCAGAUUCUGUUGUUCCCAUUGUAUCCAUCCUCAAACUUAUCACUUCAACCCAACUAUCAGUUCGUCAUCAACUCUCAAACGACAUCAACAUAUUCACAAAUGUUUUAAGAAGCCUGUUCCUGUUUCCAAAUCACGAAACAAUCAAGCUCGAUACAUCGCAACUGCUGUUUCUUUUGCUAUUCCACGAGCAAAUGAUGAACAUUGACAUUAUGAUUUCACUUCCUGAGGUAAUCAUUGCUAGGAUGAGAGUUCCUUUCGUCUGCAAAGCUCACUGGAAGUUCAGUAUCCAUCGUAAAGCUGAGGAUUCGCUGGUCUGUUCCAAUAAUCCCCUAGCUUUAACCUUCUUGAGACAGGUGUGGUCAUGGGAAUGGAAUAACCAAGAGGACAUUCUCUGGUCCAUGUGUGAGAACGUCAACAAUUCUCAGGUUGCUGAUGAUCUGAAGAUUAGACCGCAAGAGCUGUCGACCCUACAAUAUUCAUCGAUCCGAUUUUACACGCAACAACAACUCUUCAACAUUAAAAAUUCAACGACUCAUGAAGAAGUCACGUGCGCCCUAGACUACUUGUGGAUGUACAUUAAAUUAGCGGAUCUCAAUGGCUAUGAAAAGAAUCUCAUUAGCUUUAUGUUAAUGCCCUGGGCACAAUCGUUCGAACGCUUCUUAUUGUCUCAUCCCACUAGUAAAGAGGACUGCUAUCUCUUUGUGGAAAUUCUCAACUUCCUAAAUAUUCUCAUGACAAUUACCAAAGAUCCCGGGAUCAUCCUCUGGAUAUCGAAAGCCACAAGGCACAUGACAAAGUCCCUCUCUGAUCUGUUGAGAAAUCUAGACAAAAACUAUCAGAAUGUUCAUCAGUCACUCCUGAAGCUAGUUCGGACCUGCAUCAAUCUCGAAAGAUACCAAUGUCACGAAGAAAGUGAUAACAAUCUUGAGGACUUUGUGGAGAUAAUCGUUUCAAAUCUCUGUUCAAACGAUCAACAGCACUUCUACAAUCUAGCUUACCUCGAUUGGUUGCUGAACUGUUUGACAUACCUGACAGGUGAUUCUAAGUGGAAGAAGAUGCAAAGCAAUAAGAAUCUGGUAUCAACGCUUGGAAACUCCCUCAUGGAACUGAUAGUCUCCUUCCAUGGAAACGGAGCUGUUAGCUUCAUGGGUCUCUCCAUCACGAAGAACUCGAUAAUAUGUCUGAAUCAUCUCCUCGAUCACAUGGAGACUAAAGUCGCCUUCUGGUAUGACAACGGAAGAAUCAUUAACUGGUUGCCAACGUUGUGGACAAAUAGGGAUCCAUUGGUGAGAGCUUCUGCUCUGCAGCUAUUGACUGGCCUUGUCCGAGUACCCCAUAAUGGUCAGAACCUCCUGCACGCCCUCGGGAUGGCCCCCAGUGAGCUCUGCCAGACCCUCAUCAGAAUCGUCGUCAACAGGGAAGAGUCCUGUAUCGUGCGGGAGAACGCUGCAAUGGCAUUAGCACACAUCGUAAAGAACUCCAAGUGUUCGUCGUUUAACUACUGCGAUUCUCUGAGAUCCAACGCCAUUAUCAUCUACGUAGAACAGGCAAAUGUUUACCACGAGAUUAGCCUCUUGUGUUCAAACUUGUACUUGUCAGCGACUCUAGAACCUCUAGAAGAACCUUCCAAUAUCGAGAACUUGGAGACAUCCAGGUCUACAGCGCCCAUGUCAGUCCUUCAUUACUAUAAUUGUCAUGACGAACUGUUGAUGCUGUCGGCCAAGGAUUCAAUGGACGAUCUUCCGGAGUUUGUGACGACUCCUUCACUAGUGACAGCCAUCUGCAGUCUUCUCAAUAACCUCAUUGUCGUGGGGGAGGGAGAGGUUGUCAGCAAGAUUUAUGAGAGUUCUGUUGAGAAGUACCUCGUCAGCUGCAUCACAGCCAUUCCUAAAGGAAUGCGAAGCCCUCAGCUCUACGAAGUUCUCCAGAUGUUCACAAGCAUCUGCAUUGUUCUCACGAAUUGUAUCAGCCAUUGCGAGGAAUUCGCCAGUUCUAUUAGCUUUUCUCCGGACUUUUUGUAUCUCUUGAUGAGUUUUCUGAAGAGGGAUUGCGAGUGUCGUGAGAUGGAAAUGAGGAAAAGGUUGUGGAUUGAGAUUUUCAACUUGAUAAGUGUCUUAUCUCUGACAGAAGGACAACAUUUCGAAGCGAUCAAGACUGCCGUUGAGGUGGCAGAUGCACAGACAAUUGUUUUCGCGAUUUGCCUCGGGAUUGAGGAUGGAGAUGGCGAGCUGAGAAUGAGUGCGAUAGCUUGUCUAGGUUUUUUAUUGGGGCAGGGGAUCGAAGAAACAGAUCUGAUUGGCGAUGCUCUUGAUGAAAUGAUUAUCAGGGGUGAUGAGAUGGAAGAUAAGCUACAGCAUAUGCUGGUUGGGGCAAAAGAGUCCAAUUCUGCUGGCAGAGCUAUCGAUGGAAGGGAAACGGCUGGAGCUAGAAUCUGUGGAGUAUUGAUGCACUUGAUGAUUGCGCAUAACUAUUCAAAUAGUACAAAAAAGAACAGGAUUUCGAGGGACAAAGAUCUGAUUAUGGGGACCCUGGCGAAUCUCCUUUGUGUGAGCGAGGAGGCCAAGGCUUGUGCUGUACGAGACAAGUUGGGACAGACUUGUCUGAUGAUCCUGAAGGAAUUACACCAUCAAAUACACAGGAGUAAUUCUAAGAGGGAAAAGAAUCUGGGGCCAUUGCUAAAUGAUACAACCAAAGUCCUUGUGCUGUUAAUGAAUUUUGCUUAUGGGAGUGCGGAGGUGAAGAGAAGUCUGGCUGUAGCAGGGGUUGCCAAUAUGGCGCAUAAGCUGUGGGUGUGGAUCUCCUUGAACGAUGAUGCUCUUCUUGCGGCCCUAAAGAUGAUCGCGACACUGACCACCGACUGCCCUGAAGCCGCGCAAUCAAUGACUCUCACAACGACCCUUCCAGGAUCCGGUCCGCGAAGGACCCCGAACACAGUGUCCCUCCUUAACGUGAUAAUUCAUCUGGUCUCUCAAGAGAUCGACAAGGCAAGUCAAUCCUUCGACAACCAUCGAUUGCACUUUGCCUUUCACAUCCUCAGAAAUUCGGUUCACGUCCACGAGUGUCGUGUGACCAUCUCCAAGAGCAAUCUCCUCCAGUUCUUCACGAAAAUUCAUCCCUUAACAACAAAACGAAAUAAACCCUGGCCACUUAUCGAGAUUUAUUGCCUAGAGUUCUUGAUAGACUUUACAUAUUUUGAAGAGGGACAGACGUGCGUUCCGAAGUUCACCGAUGCCUUUGAGGUCCUCAUACAGCUGUCGAAAUGUCCCUCGUCGACGCAGAGGAUCUUGGCUCUCUCGAUUCUUCGGAAUCUAGGGUUCAAUGUCUCCAACAGACCCAGGAUCCUUUCGUCUACUGAAUUUAUCGAUCUUUUACACUGGAUUUUGAAGAACGGUAGCUUCAGUGAGAUAGGAGUGGCUGGAUCAAUCCUCUGGUCUCUAGUGGCUAACAAUCAGAAAGCAAAACUGAUUGCCCGAACUGCUGGAUUUGCUCAGUCCCUUCAGGAGGUGCUGGGACGCUUGUCAUUGGACAAAAUGCCUGAUGAGAAUCAACAAAGGGACCUUGCCAAGAUGAUUCAGUACGUCAUCAAGCUCAUUAAGGUUACCGAUACCAAGUACAACCUUCACGACUGAACUGAACAAAUUAUAAUUAUAUUUGUAAAUAGGGUAAAUGUAUAUUUGUGACCGUUUUAUGGCCGAAUUAUUACUUUAAUAAUGUAAUUUGAAUUUUCAUAGAUUUAUUGUUCAAUACUUUCUGGAUCGUUACGUUAACAAGAAACGACUCAAGAGUUAAUGAUGAGAAUAUUUCUAUGGCCCAUCGAAUAUCCGGUAAAAUGUUCUUUAAACUUCACUCGUACCGGAUAUUCGAAUUGGCUUUUUCCUGUUACGUUCCACCACUUCCUUAAUUAAGUAUCUAUUCCAGCUCUCGUGAUUAAUUGUUAUCGAGCUCAAUCAAUUGCUAUUCAUUCAUUGAAAUCAUGUGACAACGUUCAGCGCAUCAACUACGCGAGAGAAAAAUGGACGAUCGGUUUUUUUGUUGAAGACUGGGAUAAAUUUAGAAGUUUUCUGUGAAUAAUGAUCGAGCGAUGAUUAGGCAGACGUCAAUGGGGGUAUUAAUGCUUCAGUUAGGUGCGUAAUUCCACGAAGUCAUUCACUUUCGGCUGAGAAUUCUUGCAACAACCUUUUCUCCAUCUUUCAGUAGUUAAUUUUACACCGGAGGACUCCUAAAACGUUUUCUCAAAAUGAUCGCAACGCGUUUCCUUAGAAUCUCUCGAUGAGUUCAGUUUCUUAAAGCCGGAAGAAAUUCGUCCGCACCCCAUGCCUCU